GAGUUUACUUGUGAUAACGGAGAAUGUAUUGAUGUAAGAAGGAAAUGUGACGGGAGAGAAGAUUGUUCUGAUAGUUCAGAUGAGUCUGAAAUUACUUGUUCUUCAGUUGAGUGCACAACUAACGAGUUUACUUGUGAUAAUGGAGAAUGUAUUGAUGUAAGAAGGAAAUGUGACGGGAGAGAAGAUUGUUCUGAUAGUUCAGAUGAAUCUGAAAUUACUUGUCCUUCAGUUGAGUGCACCACUAACGAGUUCACAUGUGAUAAUGGAGAAUGUAUUGAUAUAAGAAGGAAAUGUGACGAGAGAGAUGAUUGUUCUGAUGGUUCAGAUGAGUCUGAAAUUACUUGUCCUUCAGUUGAGUGCACAACUAACGAGUUCACUUGUGAUAACGGAGAAUGUAUUGAUGUAAGAAGGAAAUGUGACGGGAGAGA